AUGAUUGGGGAUCUCAAAGACCAUUAUCAUUUCUUCCACAGUCGAACCAUCAAGAGGUCCACAUUGUCCAGCAGGGGGCGACACAGCUUCAUCAGCAUGGAGCCAAAGGUGGAGUGGAUCCAACAGCAGGUGGUGAAGAGGCGGAUCAAGAGAGAUUACAAAAUAGCCCCGCCCCUUUCACUCUCCAGCCCCGCCCACAACACUAUACACUUCAAUGACGCAAAGUGGAGUAACAUGUGGUACAUUCACUGUAAUGAUGACGUCCAUAACUGCCAGUCGGACAUGAACAUCAUGGGUGCGUGGAAGAGGGGCUACACAGGCAGGAAUGUAGUGGUGACCAUUCUGGACGACGGCAUCGAGAGAAACCACCCAGACUUGUCUCAGAACUACGAUGCCCAGGCCAGCUUUGAUGUAAAUGGAAACGACGUCGACCCAAUGCCUCGAUAUGACGCAACUAACGAGAACAAACACGGGACGCGUUGUGCUGGUGAAGUGGCUGCAGCUGCAAACAACUCCCAUUGCAUUGUGGGAAUUGCUUACAAUGCCAGAAUCGGAGGGGUGCGAAUGCUGGAUGGAGAUGUGACGGAUAUGGUGGAAGCCAAGUCCCUGAGUCUUCACCCUCAGCACAUCGACAUCUACAGUGCAAGCUGGGGUCCAGACGAUGACGGCAAAACUGUAGACGGCCCUGCCUCGCUCGCCCGACAGUCCUUUGAGAACGGCAUCCGCAUGGGAAGGAAGGGUCGGGGCUCCAUCUUUGUCUGGGCGUCUGGAAACGGGGGCCGCAGUCGAGAUCACUGCUCCUGUGAUGGUUACACUAACUCCAUCUACACCAUCUCCAUCUCCAGCACAGCGGAGAGCGGACGCAAGCCCUGGUACCUGGAGGAGUGCUCAUCCACGCUGACCACCACCUACAGCAGUGGGGAGAACUAUGACCGCAAGAUUAUGCCCGCCCACCCGGUCCCCUUCUCCCCUUCCUUUGCCGCCUUAUGCCCUCCACACCCAUGUGCAUUUUUUCAUUUUCUUCUUCCGAUGCACGCCUGCCGCAUCCCAUCAGUAUGCCAGUUCCCCUGCUUCAUCGUGCGGACUACUUGCCCCGUCUACUCUCCAGAUAAGACCGGCUCCCUUAACCUGCCGAUGCAUGCCCCCGUCCACGUUACUGACCCUGCAGCCCGCUUCCUGAGUUUGACUCCUAUAGUGUGUCAGACUCCUCUUCUCACCUGGAGAGAUGUUCAACAUAUUAUUGUGAAAACAUCAAGAGCGGGUCACCUCAUUGCGCCAGACUGGAAAACCAACGCUGCAGGAUACAAUGUGAGUCACCUGUAUGGCUUUGGCCUGAUGGACGCUGAGGCCAUGGUGAAGGAGGCGGAGCGGUGGAAACAGGUCCCGGCUCAGCAUGUGUGUGUGGAGAGCGCGGACCGACAGAUGAAUGUUGGAGCAGGGUCAGCAGUGACGUGUGCGCUGGGCCAAAGCCACUCCGCACUGAGUCACCUGUAUGGCUUUGGCCUGAUGGACGCUGAGGCCAUGGUGAAGGAGGCGGAGCGGUGGAAACAGGUCCCGGCUCAGCAUGUGUGUGUGGAGAGCGCGGACCGACAGAUGAAAAACAUUCGACCGGAGCAUGUUGUUCGCUCUGUGUACAAGGCGACUGGAUGCCCUGACAGCCCCAACAACCAGGUCAUCUACCUGGAGCACGUGGUGGUCCGCAUCACCAUCCUGCACCCGAGAAGAGGAGACUUGUCCAUCAACCUCACUUCCCCUUCAGGCACCAAGUCUCAGCUGCUGGCCAACAGGCUGUUUGACCACUCGACCGAGGGCUUUAAGAACUGGGAGUUCAUGACCACGCACUGCUGGGGGGAGAAGGCGGCAGGUGACUGGGUCCUGGAGAUCUACGACUCUCCAUUCCAGCUGCGCAGCCAGAAAGUCCCUGGUAAAUUGAAGGAGUGGUCUCUGGUCUUAUACGGCACCUCUGUGCACCCGUACACCCGCAGUGACAAACCACGCUCCGUCGAGUCGCCCACAGAGGAGGAGUUCACAGAGGAGUACAACGGCCCCUGUGACCCUGAGUGCAACGAGGGCUGUGAGGGCCCCGGACCCCAUCACUGCAUCAACUGCCUGCACUACUUCCUCAAGUUCAAGAACAACACCAAGAUGUGCGUGUCAGAGUGCCCCAGUGGCUUCUUCCGUGACGAUAGAAAGCGCUGUAAGAAGUGCUCCUCGUCCUGUGAGACGUGUGUGGGCAGCCGCAGUGACCAGUGCAGCACCUGCCGCCCUGGAUUCCACCUGAAUGAAGGUUCCAACACCUGUGUGGCCAACUGUGCUGAGGCAUUCUACCUCGACCAAGAUUCAAACAUUUGCAGACGAUGUCCUGAAAACUGUAAGAAGUGCACAAGCGCCAACAUCUGCACCGAGUGUAAACCUGGAACCAGUCUCCAGGGAAACCGGUGUCAGAUGACGUGUGAUUCAGGAACGUAUUAUAACGGCCACAGACGAACGUGUGAGCCGUGCCAUCGAGCGUGUGCCACCUGCGCAGGCACAGGGAUAGAAGCCUGUACAAAGUGUGCAGAUGGCUACAUCCUGGAGGACUGGAGGUGUGUGUCCACCUGCAGCAGCGGUUACUAUCUGUCCGAGACUCUGGACCAGGGACUGGUGCAGCGUGCAUGCAAGAAGUGUGACCACAGCUGCUACGAGUGUCUGGGCCCAGGAGAGAGGAACUGCAGCACCUGUGUGAGUGGAUACAACCUGGAGGGCGGGGCCUGUGUGGUCAGCACAAUCUGCAAAGAUGCAAAUGAAGAAUCUUGGGCGGAGGGCAGUUUCUGUGUGCUCGUAAAAAGGAACAAUCUCUGCCAGCGGAAACUGUUUCUGCUGCAGCAGCUGAAAAAUGGAAAGCCUUUGAAAGCGUCGCCAGGACAGUACAUGAGCGCCCAUGGCCAGUGCCACCUCUGCGACACCACAUGUCUGCGAUGCUCUGGACCCGAGAGGGAGGACUGCACCCGCUGUCCCAACAGCAGAGUUUAUGACAAUGGACGCUGUGACAUCCGCUGCCAGAGGGGGCGCUACACACUGGACAAACAGUGUUACCCGUGUCAUCACACCUGCAAUGAGUGCACUGACGCCGGACCAGACAACUGCACCAGCUGUGACAAAGACGCUCAUGGUGUGGAGCGGUUCCUGUUCGAGGGCCAGUGUCGCCUCUCGUGUCCUGAGGGUCACUUCCACUCUCUGCUGCGGCGCUGUGAGCUGUGUCCAGAACACUGCUCCAGCUGUGCGUCUGCUCUGCUCUGUGUGCACUGCGGCCCAGGACACCGGCUCAGGGCAGGACAUUGUGUGCCGCUGCAGUGUUCUCAAGGUGAGGUGGCAGACUCUCGGAGCGAGGCUUGUGUCCCGUGUGAUGAGGGCUGUAAGGAGUGCAGACACAAGGACGAGGGAGCUGCAGUUCAGUCCACAGUCUGUGUCCACUGUGAGGAGGACUAUUACCAGCUCGGUUCAGACUGCCACCGGUCCUGUCCUGACGGCUCGUUCAGUUUGGAGGAGCAGAAGAAGUGUGUCCCAUGUGAAGACAAGCGCUGCCUGAACUGUGACCAGAACCAGUGCUACUGGUGUAAAGAGGGCUUCUACGUGUCCGAGGGGCUGUGUGUGGAGCACUGCAGCUCCGGCUUCAUCGAUGAGGAGAGUCAGGCGUGUGAGCCGUGUCACCGCUCCUGCGCCUCGUGUGGAGGACCGCGCUCUGACGACUGUGACACGUGUGCGAGCGGCUUCAGCCUCAGUGGAGGAGAGUGUUUGCCCAGUACACAGAAGUAUUGUGCGGACGGAUUCUACAGCCAAAGUCUGGGCUCCUGUCGGCCCUGCUCCUCCUCCUGCUCCUCCUGCUCAGGCCCCAACAGAACAGACUGCCUCAGCUGCUCUCCAGGACAGUUCCUCACGCCUCAGCAGACCUGCAUGAGCCGCUGCCCCUCUGGGACCUUCUCUAACUCUACGUCUGGCCGUUGUGAGGAGUGCCACCGCGGCUGUAUGGUGUGUGAGCACCCCAUGCAGUGUCUGAGUUGUCAUCAUGGGCUCAUGCUGCAGGAGGGGGUUUGUGUGGACCACUGUCUCAGAGGUUUCCCGCAGGCCGGUGUGUGCGUGCCCUGUCUGCCUCAGUGCUCCUCCUGCCAGGGGAACUCCUCCACCUGCCUGAGCUGUGAGCCGCCAUACCUGCACUCGCUGGACCACACCUGCAGGGAGCGCUGUGCAGAGGGCUCCUACAGCACAGGGAGGGAGUGUGAGGCCUGUCCCCCCGACUGCAGCCAGUGUGACCACCACGGCCUCUGCACCAAGUGCGCUCAGUUCUACUUCCUGCAUCAGGAUGGAUGUGUGGACGACUGCCCCUCUGGGUUCUUUGUGGACUCGCAGGAUCACGAGUGUCUGAAGUGUCACCGCGAGUGCUCCUCAUGUGACGGACCCGACUCUGACGACUGCAUCGUGUGCUCCAACCCCAGCGCUGUUCGCUUCCGGGGCGAGUGCCUCGGCCAGUGUCCCCACACCACCUACUACGACCGGGCCACCAACGAGUGCAGAGACUGUGACAUGACGUGCCUCACCUGCUCGGACCACCUGCCCUCCUCCUGUGCCUCGUGUGCAAAGGGCCGUGUGCUGGACGCCACGGGGCACUGCGUGUGGUACAACCGCUGCGCCGCCUCCUGGUACCUGGACUCUAAAGGAGACUGUCAGAAGUGUCACUCCUCCUGUGAGAGCUGCUCUGGGCCCACGGCAGACCACUGCAUCAGCUGCAACAGUCCACACUUUCUGCUCAACUCAUCGUGUCUGCAGCAGUGUCCUGAGGGUUUCUUCACAGACUCAGAGGUGCGUGUGUGUGAACGCUGUCACUGGAGCUGUGCCCGGUGCAGCGGGCGCCACAGUCUGCAGUGUAAACGCUGCAGAGAGGGCUUCUACACUCAGGCGGGGGGCUGCGUGCCCACCUGCUCCCCCAGUCAUUUUGGGAACCCUGUGUCCAUGGCGUGCGAGCGUUGUGACCCCUCAUGUGACUCGUGCUCAGGCCCUGGGAGUAGCCACUGUUUGAGCUGCAGGGAGAACUUCCUCUACCUGCCACUUGGGCAACAGUGUGUGCAGCGCUGCCCCGACGGAUACUACAAGGAGCGCAAGAGCAAGACCUGCCGGAGGUGUCACCCCACCUGCAAAACCUGCUCCGAUGAGGGCGCCAUCUUCUGUCUGUCCUGUUAUGAGGGCUACAAGUUUUUCGGAGGCAUUUGCGAGUCCAACUGUUUGGUGGGAAAUUACCAGAACUCCAGUUCUGCUCUGGGUUUUGCAGAUCCGGUGUGUGUUCCCUGUGAUGUGUCGUGUUUCGACUGUCGGGGCCCGUCCCAGUGGAACUGCACUCUGUGUGAGGCCCUCAGGAUCCUGGCUGACGACGGCCGCUGUCUGAGCUGCUGCGGACGCGAGUUUGUGAGAGCGGGAGAGGCCUUCUCCUGGGAGUGCUGUGACUGUCAGGCCUCUAGAGAGCAAUGCGUCCUGAGUGUGAACCGAGAGCUGCGCCUCAUAGUGGACACAGAGCAGAGUGCAGCUGCUGUGGUUUCUGUCAGUGUGUGCGUCCUCCUCAUCCUGUGUGCAGGCGGCGGCCUCUUCUACUACCUGCACUACGGCCCCCGAGCCUCUGCCCCCGGGGCUAAAGGAGGCUACGAGGCCCUCAGCGCCCCUCACCUCGCCCCUCCUCCCAUGUCCUUUGACGACGAGCUUAGCCGUCGCAUCAUUGAGGCUGACGAAGAUGAGGAGGAGGAGGAGGAGGAAGACCAGGACAUCGUGUACAUGUCUCAGGACGGGACGGUCUACAGGAAGUUCAAAUACGGACUGCUGCAGGAGGACGACGAGCUGGAGUACGACGAUGAGAGCUAUGCUUACACAUAA